CGAGCGGAGAACGAACAGCAUGUGCUCAGGGGACUGGGCCGCCGGCUGUGGGGUUCGAUCGCGCGGCGGGAACUCCCUAAACUAGGGGAGCGCUGGCGGCCAGAGGGGGCCGGGCCUCAGGCUGUGGGAUUGACGGGAGCCGAAGACACUCGAACGCAGUACCCCUUGGGUUCGGAGGGGCGGGGCUGCAGGUUCGGCUGAGCCGAGGACGGCCGAACACUCGGGCAGGGGCGGGGCUUCGUAUUUGGAGAGCGCGACUCAGCGGGAAGAACCCGAGGCCGAACCUCGGGAGUUGGUUCGGAAAGAGGAGGGGCCAGGUCCCGAGCCACCGGAGGAGGGCGGGGCUUUGGCCUCCGAGGUCCCGGCACCUGACGGGAACACCCGAAGGGCGCUGCCGAGAUGAACCUUUCGAAGAGGGCGUGGUCUGCGCUAGGGAGGAUGCUGGUGGUGGAGGUGGCGAAUGGCCGCUCCCUGGUGUGGGGGGCCGAGGCCGUGCAGGCGCUACGCGAACGCCUAGGAGUAGGGGGCCGCACGGUGGGCGCCCUGCCCCGCGGGCCCCGCCAAAACUCGCGCCUGGGCCUCCCGCUGCUGCUGAUGCCUGAAGAGGCGCGGCUCCUGGCUGAGAUCGGCGCAGUGACCCUGGUCAGCGCCCCGCGCCCGGAUCCCCGCCAACACAGCCUGGCUUUGGCAUCCUUCAAGCGCCAGCAAGAGCAGGGCUUCCAGGAGCAAAGUGCUCUGGCAGCUGAGGCCCGUGAGACUCGUCGUCAGGAGCUCCUAGAGAAGAUUGCAGAGGGCCAGGCUGCGAAGAAGCAGAAGCUGGAACAGGAAUCAGGGACCAGUGGAGGCCAGGAUGCCCCUGGGCACCCAGCUGCUGAAGAGAAUGAGGAGGCCAGUGCUAGCCAGACUGCUGGAGAACAGGAGGAAGCAGGUGAAGGCUCUUCCUCUCCCCAGCCGGGGCCUUCAAAUGAGGUCACCCCUUUGCCCAGGUCUGCCCUGCUCGUCCAGCUGGCCACUGCUAGACCUCGGCCCAUCAAGGCUAGGCCCCUGGACUGGCGUGUCCAGUCCAAAGACUGGCCCCAUGCUGGCCGUCCUGCCCACGAGCUUCGCUACAGCAUCUACAGAGACCUGUGGGAGCGGGGCUUCUUCCUCAGUGCUGCUGGCAAGUUUGGGGGAGACUUCCUGGUGUAUCCUGCUCUCUGCCAUUGGAAACUGCUACCUGCCUCUCUCCUUCACCCAGGCGACCCGCUCCGUUUCCACGCCCACUACAUCGCUCAGUGCUGGGCUCCCGGGGACCCCAUCCCCCUCCAGGACCUCGUUUCUGCCGGCCGCCUCGGCACCAGCGUCAGAAAGACGCUGCUCCUUUGCUCUCCGCAGCCCGAUGGUAAGGUAGUCUACACAUCCCUGCAGUGGUCCAGCCUGCAGUGAACUCCAGAGACCUAUGGGCACGCGGCCGUGUCCCUGGCAAGAGCCUUUCUGGAUGGUGCCUGGCUCAUCUCCACAUGGGAGGCUAGACCACCCUCCUGCCUCUCUUGGUGGUUAGCGUUUGAGUCCAGAUGUAUCAACACUAUAGCCUUUGGAUGUCCCUCCCUGUUUCAAAGCACUUAGCGGCUGUGUUGUUUUUGUUGUUAGCGAUUUCCAAAUGUGACCUUCUUGAGUCAUCUGUUUUCUAUGGGGCUUAGGUCCCAAGAGGUCUCAAUAAACUUGUUGGAUAAAAAUG